CCAUGAGAAGCAGUACGUGGGCUUUGCCACUCUGCCGAACCAGGUCCACCGGAAAUCCGUGAAGAAGGGUUUCGACUUCACCCUGAUGGUUGCAGGAGAGUCGGGUCUGGGCAAAUCCACGCUGGUGAAUAGCCUGUUCCUGACAGACCUCUACAAAGACAGAAAGCUCCUCAAUGCAGAGGAGAGAAUCAACCAAACAGUGGAGAUUGUCAAGCACACGGUGGACAUUGAGGAGAAGGGUGUCAAGCUGAAGCUGACUAUAGUGGACACACCAGGCUUUGGAGAUGCUGUUAACAACACUGAGUGCUGGAAGCCCAUCACCGACUACAUCGACCAGCAGUUUGAACAGUAUUUCCGUGAUGAGAGCGGCCUGAACCGAAAGAACAUCCAGGACAACCGAGUGCAUUGCUGCCUCUACUUCAUCUCGCCCUUUGGGCACGGGCUGAGGCCUGUGGAUGUUGAGUUCAUGAAGGCUCUGCAUGAGAAGGUCAACAUUGUGCCCCUGAUUGCCAAAGCUGACUGCCUGAUCCCAUCUGAGAUCCGGAAGCUAAAAGAGAGGAUCCGGGAAGAGAUUGACAAAUUUGGCAUUAAAGUGUACCAGUUUCCCGAGUGUGACUCUGAUGAGGAUGAGGAGUUCAAGCAGCAAGACAGAGAGCUGAAGGAGAGCGCUCCCUUUGCCGUCAUUGGCAGUAACACUGUGGUGGAGGCGAAAGGCCAGCGGGUCCGUGGACGGCUCUACCCCUGGGGCAUUGUGGAAGUGGAAAACCAGGCACACUGCGACUUUGUGAAGCUACGGAACAUGCUGAUCCGGACACACAUGCAUGACCUGAAGGACGUCACUUGUGAUGUUCACUAUGAGAACUAUCGAGCUCAGUGCAUCCAGCAAAUGACCAGGUGGGUCCCCACCGCUUCAACCAGAGGUGGCAGGGGUUUGACUCAGGACAACAGGAUAGAAAGCCCGAUUCCUAUUCUGCCUCUCCCAACACCAGACACUGAGACAGAGAAGCUGAUCAAAAUGAAGGAUGAGGAGUUACGGCGGAUGCAAGAGAUGCUGCAGAAGAUGCAGCAGCAGAUGCAGGAUCAGUGAGAGGCAGGUACUUGGAGGGCAGAGGGAAUCCCUCAGUGACCAUCUGAGGCCUGGCAAGAGCUGUGGACGUUCAGAAAAGGUUUCCUGUUGUAUAGAGACUUGUGGGCAAGAGCUGUACCCGCACCCUCUAAUUUAUUAGCAGCAAUGCUGGCUUUGCAGUCAGCUGGAUUGUGGAGGAGGCUGUUCACUUAACAGUUUACUGAUGUGUAUUUCUUUUUUAAUAAUUAUUUUUUCUUUUCUUUUUUCUUUUUUUUUUAAGGAAAAUAACCUGGGAAGUCUCUAAGGCAUCCUAAAAAAAAAAAAAAAGAAAGAAAGAAAAGAAAAAUAUCUCCCUUUCCCAUGUACUAAUCUCUUUUUUGGGAAUGCUCUGGUAUUUAAAGUCCUGGUUUCUCUGGUGUAUGAACUCGAAGACUAUCUGUGUCAAUGCACGUAAAUGUUUACUCCCAGCUGAGGUGCUGUGGUCCACUCCCCAUUCCCGUUGUCUGGG